CGUGACCUCGCACAGCUUUUCUGAAUCCGCACAGCUGCUGGAGACGCUGGUGGAGGAGGACAGGCGACGAGCAGAAACAAACACGGACGGAGAGAGAGGAAGAGAGAGGGGGAAAGAGGGUGAGAGGUUGCGGUGGGGACACCGUCGUGGCGCCGGGUCGCCUCCCGCAAUGUCUCGGGUCCCCGGGUGGUGAUUUCCAGCACGGUACGGGAGGAAAGGGGGAAACUCAAGUCCCAGUCCAGAUGCUCGCCCUCUCCGCCGCAGACAUGGACGAGUCCUCGUCGCUGCUGGACCUGCUGGAGUGCUCGGUGUGCCUGGAGCGGCUGGACACCACGGCCCGGGUGCUGCCGUGCCAGCACACCUUCUGCCGCCGCUGCCUGGAGAACAUCGUCAGCUCCCGCAGCGAGCUGCGCUGCCCGGAGUGCCGCGUCCUGGUGGACUGCGGGGUGGACGAGCUGCCGGCCAACAUCCUGCUGGUGCGCCUGCUGGACGGCAUCAGGCAGCGGCCCCAGCGGGGGGGAGGAGGGGGCCGGCAGCCCCCGCUGCAGGGCUCCGGGAUGGCCGGGAUGUGCGCCUCCCCGCCGGGCACCGCGGUGCGGGAGCUGCCCGUGAACAGGAGCUCCCCCGUCAAGAAUAUCCCGGCACUGCCCUGUGGUAAAGCGCUCUACUCCUACGAGGGCAAGGAACCAGGUGACCUUCGGUUCUCCAAGGGUGACAUCAUCAUCCUGCGGCGCAAGGUGGAUGACAACUGGUACCACGGGGAGCUCAAUGGUUGCCAUGGUUUCUUGCCAGCAAGUUACAUCCAGUUACUCCGUCCCCUAAGUCAAACUCCGCCCCAGGGUAAAGCUUUGUACGACUUUGAGGUCAAAGACAAAGACCAGGAUAAAGACUGUCUGGCCUUCAGCAAGGAUGAAGUGCUGACAGUAAUCAGGCGUGUGGAUGAAAACUGGGCGGAGGGCAUGCUGGGAGACAAGAUUGGCAUCUUUCCUAUUCUCUACGUCGAGUUAAAUGAAACAGCGAAGCAGUUGAUGGAGAUCGACAAGCCGACUAAUGCACCAGGUCCGAGCUCUGAGCCAACCCCGCCGGACCCCUGUGCUCCUGGGUCCUCCCCCAGCAUUUCCCCACCUAAUGGAAAUGGCUCCAGCCAUCGGAGAGGCGAAGGAAAGAAAAAUGCCAAGAAACGGCAUUCAUUUUCUGCACUGUCCGUCACCCAGAGGGCCGCCCAACUCAACAACCGGCACAGCAUGGAGAUCUCCCAUCCAGUGCUCAUCAGCUCCUCGGACCCCAGAGCUGCUGCACGCAUCCACGAUGCAUCUUCACCAGGCCCCUCGCCCUCGUCAGCAGGGGUCCCGCUGCCCCCCAAGGUAGCAUCUCUAACCUCUGAGCUGCUGGCUCACGCCAAGGUGCAGCUGCCACUCAAUAUUUAUCUGGCUCUAUACGCCUACAAGCCCCAGAAGGCUGACGAGCUGGAGCUAAGAAAAGGAGAGAUGUACCGGGUGACGGAGAAGUGUCAGGAUGGAUGGUUCAAAGGCACCUCACUGAGAACCGCUGCCUCUGGUGUCUUCCCGGGAAACUACGUCACGCCCGUGUCCAGGGCUCCGUUUGGAGUUGGUGCCAGUCGGGGCUCGGGCUUGUGCAGCCCAGUAAGUGGGUGCAGUCAGGUGGCAAAUAAAAGCCUGGACCCUUCGUCCCCGGGCUCCCCGGGCCCCUCCUCGUCCCGUCCCUCCACUCCACUCGUGACCUCGGCGAACUCUGUGAACAGCAUCAGCCCGGCUUCGUCGCCGCAGACUGCCACCGCCCAGCUGAAGAACUGCCUGCGCUCCAGUCAGCACACGGCUAAUCAGGCGCGCACUUCAAUGCAGCUCGUCCACAGUCCCCCUGCUGGAAGCCCGGAGCGCCCCGCCGUGGCCAUCUCUCCCCUGCGUCCUCAGAGCUCUUCCCCGUCACGCUGCCCCGGCCAGUUGGGGCGUCCUCUCUCCAUGGUGUCUCCGGGACCCAGCUUAGGGCCCUCCCCCCUCUCCUCCCCGGCUUCCCGUCCCAUCCUCCCCCUCUCCUCCCCGCUCUCCUGUCUCACACCUCCAAACGUGUCGGCGAUGCUCCUCAACGGCGACCCGGCCAGUCCGCUGCAGCCGCCGUCGCCGGGCCCCUCGCAGGGCGUGCUCGCACCCAAAGCAGAGAAGAAGGAGAGAAAAGCAGCAGGUUUGCUAAAGCUCUUGUCGGGUGCAGCAGCCAAGAAGAAACCUCGCUCGCCCACGUCCUCUCCGCCCACCCAUGACCCCUCGCUGGCGGGCAAGGGCGGCGUGGCCACCGACCUCGCUCACCACCCCCACCACCAUCACCACCACGCCCGCUCGGGCUCGUGUCCCAUGGCGUCACAGGGACGCGCCGGCUCCUGCCCCAUCGAGAGCGAGAUGGCGGGGGCAAUAGGCCUGGAGCCUCUGCACAGGAAGUCCGGAUCCCUGGAUACUAACUUCCCCAUGUCGCCCCCGGCAACAAGAGCUGGCAACGCUCUGAUGGUCCUCCGGCCUGAACCCAAACCGUUGUCAAGAGAGAGGUAUCGGGUGGUGGUUCCCUACCCGCCUCAGAGUGAAGCAGAGAUCGAGCUGCGGGAGGGAGACGUGGUGUUCGUUCAUAAGAGGAGGGAGGACGGUUGGUACAAAGGCACCCUGCAGAGGACGGGACAGACCGGCCUGUUUCCCGGCAGCUUCGUCGAGAGCUUCUGAGCUCCGAGAAGUGGACAAAGCAAAUCUGUUUCUGAGUCAUAACAACACCCACAAACCCAAGCACACAUACUCCAGCUAAACGAGCACAUGCAGUAGCGACACAGAGGUUGGGCUGAUACUGAUUUCCAAGAGUCCCACUUUCUUUUUGUGGAUUAUAGAUCUGUCAGUAAAUAUUAACAUGCGUCAAAACAUGCCUUACAAAAAACUGAGAGCCCUGUGAGAAUAAAAUUUGUCUGGAUUUAAGUUAAAAAAAACUUAAUGUUCCAUUAUUUUUCCCAGAAUAACCUGUUCAGGAACACUGGAGAUUUAAAUUAAAUCAUAUUUUAAACAACCACAAAGCACCAGUUACUGCCAACAGUCUUGAAAAAUCCACAACAGCCUAACUACGUCAUAACCACACAAACACACUACAUCUGAAGCUAGUCCGGGCUUCGACCAGCGCAAACCAACGGCAGGCGGGGAGGAGUUCACCCCGAGCCGGGAUGUGGACUCUGAAGGCACAGACUCAAGAGCACAGGAAGAAGAGCCCCGCCUCCCAGUUCUCCUCUUUGCCAUCAUCCACCAGCAAACAUGAGCACAAACGGCGUCCACUCCACUUUCCGCCGAGACCUCAGAACUUGAAUCCGGGUGCUUUCUUUGUUUCGAAAAGUGAAAACUCGCAGCAUGGGAGGGGAAGUGCGUGAGCCUGCAGUCCAGGCCCGUCAGAAGCACGCCUCCAUGUCAAAUCUGUGACGACGAACACACGUUUGUUUUCAGCCCCGUACGUGUUUAUGAUGCAUGUAGCGUUCUUCUCAUUUUUUUUAAUUUUUUUUUUGUUUUGUUUUUAUAUAUAUGUCGUAAUAAGUGUUUGUGUUGUCCUGCUGUGAUGAUUUGUUGCAAGAAAUGUGUAAUUUAAAAGCAACGGGGCAAAAGGAUGGGACUAAAUUAGGACAUUGGUUUUUUUUCUAUUUAUUUCUGACAUUAGGGUCUUAAACAUCUUUCACUUUUAUUGAAUUUGACUUUCUUAGAGCCCGGAGCCUGAUUUAAACUGAAUUUAACCGGCUUGUUGAAUGUAAAAAGACACCGAAAGUUACACCAAAACUUUUACGAAAUUUAUUUGUAUUUAUAAAGUUGUUUUUGAACUUUGAUAUGAGAUUAAAAGCAGAACUAAUGCACUUGGGAAUAGUUGUUAUAGCCUGCCGAUACAUCUACACAAACAGUAUUUUAAAUGGGUAUUUACUCGUUAAAAGGGAUUUUCAUUUGUGGAGACGGAAAACCAUCAGCUCUCAGGCUGGUGGCAGUAAGCAUUCAGCAGUGAAAUAAACACUUAAAACAGGGCUUAAAUGAAGCACAAACGACUAAUAACCAUCUGCUCUCAGGAGAUGGUUAUUAUAGGCAAAGCAUACAUCUAAUUUGACCCUAACAUGAUAAAAACAGUGGAAAACCCGUCUUUAGGUUCGGAAUCGACUUCAGUUGUUUCUUUCUCCAAAUUACCUGGAACAUCUAGUGAGAUCCUCCCAGACUUGCACAAAACUAGCACAAGACAGAAAAAGCAGAAUGAUCUAUAACACUCUUCUGGCAAAUUCGUUUUAUUCAAUGUAUUUAGUGUAGUUCCUUUUUUGAGCAGGUGUAGAAUUUCAGAAAACAAGCAGGAGAAAUGAUUUAUUUGGACAUCCUCUUUUGUAAUGUGGUAUUGUAAUCAUCAUCGGUGCUGUCAGGAAACGAAUGAAACCACAGUUAUUCUGUUGUUGGGAAUCUAUCCUGAAGCAGCGCACAAGCUUUUUCUUUAAUUCUAGGUGUUCAUAACUGUGAUUCAAGGGAGGGGUUUUGGUUCUGUCAGCUCAAAGUGAAGCUUUAUCUUUUUUCCUUAAACAGCAACGGGAAAAGUUACUGUCAAAUUUUUGGUAUUUGUUAUUGGAAAAGUUUAGUCCAAACAUAUCUCCAUUGGCCUUUAAACCCGUCAGUCAAACCCGAGUGCCUACAAAUGUCUCUCACACACACAAAUACACGCUCUAGACAGACCUUUUGAACUUUUUCUCACUUUUUGGGUGGAGGAGGGGGGUGUAUGUGAUUCAGUAGGACGAGCUUGUGUUUGAGUCGACUCUGUUCUGUUUGGCCCGAUGACAAAACAAAUACCAGCAGAUCCCAGAACAGCUCUGCUGUUUUCUUUUCCACUGGCUCGACUUUUCUGAGGGGGAGGGUUUACAACAGUCAAUACGUCAGGAAUAAAACCACUGCAGUGGUCACUUUAGAUUAAAAAGACAAAAGGAAAAAAAAAAAAUGAAUAAAAAAUACUUGAAGCGCCGGAUUUUCAAACUGUUUUUAUGUGUUUAAAUACAUGACGUGAGCUUGUCAUUUGCCCGAGCUUCCUGGUUGUAAAUGCCAUUUUUGAAAAAAAAAACUUAAGGUGGCAGAUUUAAAAAUGUUUUCGGAACGGUGGUAUUUCCUAAUUGAUUUGAACGCACCAUAGAAGAUAAAACGAGACAUGCAGAUGAUGGAAAAGUUUCAGUUGUGUUUAAUCACAAAAGCAGCUCACGGAUCAGGCUGAUGGGUGAACUGCUCUCUCACACCUGAUGGAUUUUAUUAUUUUUUUUACUCUUUUUGUGUGGCCAAACUCUCUUUGCUACCAGGACACUGUCAGCUCUCUUUCCCAGGAAGCCUGAGCUCUCAUUUUUGCCAUUUUGAAAUAAAUGUUAGCCAUGUUUGUUCAUAUGGACUCUGUAUGUAGCUCUUUAUACAAUAAGAGAGUUUAUGACGAUGCUUGGUGCAGCAUGGAUGCUCAUGCCUCAUCAGGACCGAGUUGAAACUGAGACAGUGAGAGAAUAUGAGGAAAUAUAUAUAUAUAUAUAUAUACAUAAAUAUAUAUAAAAUUCUAUAUUGUGCAGAAUAUUUAUUGGCCUUUUGUGCCAUCAAAGUCAUGCUCUGAGCUGGCCCCGUCCAGCGCUUUCUACCAUGUGAUCAUUACAUCGUCUUGUACUGAUGACCCGUGGUUGAUUAUGAUUGUUUUUGUUUAGGUUUUUUUUUUCAUGUCAAGUGCAUUUUUCGCAAUAAAUGCCUUUUGUUUUAAAAA